GACAAUAUCGAUGUGAAGCUCGGUUUCACUGAAGCAGAAACGAAUCAACAAAAGAAGGGUCAAAAAGGUACCUUACGAAUUGGACAACGUUGAUCGUUGAGAACAAGUUACCUACCCUUCUUCACCAUGGCACUCCACUACGCCGUUCUCUUCUUCAUAUCGACCUCAAUCGCUUCUCCCAUCUCAUCUCGAGCUCCGCUGUCCAAACGCUCAGCAUCACCCAGCAAGAUCGGAACCGGUUUUGGCAUUGCGCUCGCAUUGAUACUAUUCACCGUCCUCAUCUUCUACCUCGGCGUCAUCUACGGACGAAAUGGUCUACGGUCUCGCUGGCGAGCUACAAAGGACACUCAAUUCAAUUCAUCAUCAGUAACAGCAACGCAUCCUACCAGAGGCAGAUCUCACAUCCACCGAAAAUUGCAAACCUCGAUGAUCGGGUUCCCCCAGCACAACGAAAAAGUCAUGGACGCAGACUACUUCGACACCAACACCGCAAUCAGCCCAAUCGAGCAAGCAGGCCAAGAGGCCCGACCCGUCGAGUUGUCACCCGUCGAAGCGCGGCCCCGACUAAUAGAGCUGUCGCCAAUUGAGGCGUACGGGACCCCGAUCGUGCUGGAGCAACUGCCCAACGAGACGACGCUCGUGGAGGCCGGCGGCGGCACACCGCGCCGUGGCCGCUUCGAUGUAACCAAGAGCUGGUUCUCGACCUCGUCGCGGAAGAGCCGACAGAGGAGCUUGGCUAGGGACAAGGAGGCCAGCAUCUACGAGAUGCCUGCCACGCCGUCGUCUACGUGCCACCAGGGCGUGCCGACGUUGCCACCGCUACCUCCUGCAUAUACAGAGAAGGGACGGCAGAAGAGCCGCGACGACGAGUCGGUGGAUUGGAGUGGCAUUGAAUUCAUGAAGGGCAUGUAUUCGCAGCGCAAGUCGUUAUUCAAGGGCAGCGAUGCCGGCAAGGAAUGAUGGAAUCAGGUCGAUUGGCAACGAUUGAGAAGAGAAUGAUCGUUACGGCUUCUUUACUAUAAUUCCCCUCCAAAUAUCUCCUUUGGUGCCUUUCCAUUCUCUAUUCUUUUUUCGCCAUUGCUUCAGCGAGGGCGCAUUGGAACUGUCGUUGUAGUGUAGAAUUAUGGGCCUACGAUUGGAUGGUAAUCCCUAUGUAUAUAUAUAUUU